AUGGCAGGCUUCGGUACCAUCGACUCGCGCUUCAGCGUAUCCAGCAUCUCGCAGUUCUACAGCAGUGGCUCUGACAUCGAUGACGACGACGAGGAUGACGAUUACAGCCCUAUGCAUCUUGGUGCGACGGAGUCGCGUUACACGGCGGAGAGGGAGGACGCGCCGAAGCCCAGCGCCACGGAAGAGACUCAAGCCGUAUACACACCUUCCAAGGCCGAAAGCGUGGCGUCGGAUUUGUCAUCACCCGUCGGAGUGAGCCAAUCAGCGGCAGGUACACACGCAGAAAACCCGGCUGGUCCGGGGUCGACGCCACCCUACCGAGAGGAAUACACAUCGCCGGUAGUAAGCGAGUCCGACGCUGAAUCGGUCCGUAGCAGUGUUGCUGGGUUUGGUUCAAGGGCGGCUGCAAGCGUUGGAAGCGCGGCGGGCGAAGACCGGGCUCCCGAGCGCUUGGGUGAAGAAGAAGAGGAGCGGGCUUCUGUACGUUCGUCGCUGUCUGAGGCGUCUCGGAGGGCAUCUGUGGAGGGUAUCAGGCCGCCUAGUGCGUUCCGUGAGUCCGGCGGAACUAGUUCACGUGGAAGUGAGGUGCAGGGAUCUGUUCACGGCAGCGCUGCGUCGUCCGGUGACGAGGUUGAGAAGGCCACUCACGACGAAAGCGAGCCCGAGCGUAACGCAGCGCAUAGCGAACACUCAAGGGAUGGAAGCUCGGCCGAGAAGCAUGUAGCAACGCUCUCGUCUCUGAAACGCGAGGUAGUUGAUGAGUUUAUUCAGCAGAACCCGUCGUACAACGUGUUCGAAGAUAAGUCCGUGUUCCCAGCCUCUACGCUCAACCAGACGAACGAAGUCAGCGCGGGAAGCGUUAAAUCGGGGCAUUUGGCAAGCGUUUCGUCGCGCAGCGAUAUCCCAUCGGUGCGCUCUAGGACAUCAUACCCGCGCGGUUCCGCGUCGUCUCUCGCCGGCGAACGUGAGGUGCCGGGAGUUGCCCGGGGUGCUGCGGAUACCGCUGACGGUUUAGAUGUGGUAUCAGGCGUUGAGCACAGCACUGCCAUCUCUGUUAACGGUGAGUACGACUUGCCUGGUGCUGUGACGACCGUCAUGGAGUCCCAAUACCGGGGGCCUUCCGACGGCUUCGGGGCGCACGAGAUUCCGCGCAAUGCACAAAUGGAUAUUGAGUAUGAGAGCGACUCAGCUUCCGGCGAAGAAAGCCCAUUGAGAGGGUCUUCAGAGGCUGAAAUCAUGGAGGAGGUAGAGAGGGAACGGCAGGUGGAUACAAGCUUAGCACCUUCUGAUGCUGAGCACGGAUCCAGUUCGCCUCCCUCUCCACCGCAAAACCUCAGAUAUGCUGCCGACAUCAAACGCGCUCAUAAAAUGGAGGAACGAGUGCAAGCGAGUGACGGUGAAGCGGAGCGAUCGCCUGCUGUGUCACCGGUAAGCGACAGAGCGAGCACGCCCAAUUCACCAAACUCUCCCAACUUUUUUAUCGACAUCGGUGAUCACUACCGCGACUCGGUCGAUAACCCGAACCUGCUGAGCGCGGACGCAACUCCGAUGAAUGCCGGGGAGGCAUUCUCGCCGCAACAAACAGCCGAAGACAAUAACGGCACGGGAUACGUUUCACCAUCCUACCAGUCCGCAGGCCGUCAUGUGGUCCACAGUGGCACUUUAGACGACGCAGCUGCAGGACGCGCGGGGCACCGUAGUAGUGCUGCUACCGUGGUUGUGGUGGAGUCGGCGGUGGGCUCGAAUCCAAUGUUGGGGAGCGCCACUGCACAGCACCCUCAGGAUGAGCACCAUCUUGCGAAGGCGUUGUCUAACGAGGUGGCGUACUACAAGCAGCUAUACGCCCAGCUGGAAAGCAAGGUGACCGAGAUUUGGAAUCAGCGUGAAGCGUUUCGUGUGGCGGGGGACCGUAUGGCGGAGAACAUCGUGCGGCACUCUGGCGUGAAGGCGGUGCGGUUCGAGGGGCAGACGAACGUUGAGAGUGAUGAGGAUAUCGCAAACAGCAGCAGGGACAUAUAUGUUGUUGGCAGCGCGUCUGCGCGCACGCCGGUCAGUCAGCAGAGACCGCUGCGCAGCAACAGCAGCGUCCAUGCUAGGGAGGUGCUUGACCCUUCGGGCGCAAGCCUCGACUGCUUCUCGCUGUCGCCACGCGGUAUACGCUGCGAUCGUGGCACAAUGGAACGGUUGCUGAACUGCGGCGCCAAGCUGUAUGCGUUUAAGCUUAGCACGCCUGGCGUGCGGUCUAAGGACCCGUUGUUCAUCGACGUUUGCCCCUUGAGUAGCGCCUACAGUGGGAAGAUUGUGCUUAGCAAUGAUGUCGGACUUUUCAAGGUCUCCUUAACAAAGCCAUCUGCAGAGUCGCAGGGGUCGAUGAGUUACCUCAUGAUGAAUUACCUAGGUUUGCGGCCGGAGCAGUGUUCCUCCGGGUACCUCUAUGGCUUGCUCAACUCGUUCGCAGACUACGUGGGCCUGCCGUGGUCAACAGGCACGGAUGCAGAGGAUUCGCAGUCUCAUCGCGCUGGGAGUGGGUCCGCAACGGCACGAAAACCGCAGUCGGAUGACUCACCUCCGCACGUGCACAUAAAGUACAUGCACUCCCUGGUCACGACUGCACAGGGUCUCAUCAUCCCAGAGGACAGCUUCCCUUCCAAUUGCAACAUCGGCUCCAUGUUCCACGGGCGUCACGAGCACCUGUUCUGCGUGGAGCAGACGCGCGGCCUGAAGAAGUCCGACCUCCAGGAUAACGGCAACUUCACAUUCAUCCUGGACACCUCGCCUUCCACGAGCUCCAGGCGCUCGGGGGCGCGUCGGUUCAACAGCCACGUCCACAUCGUGCAUUCCGUCACGCAUGAGUACCUCUGCGUUGACUUGCUUACCCGCGAACUGCGCUUCGCGGGGGGACAGUGCAGUCGCGCUUACUCGAAGUACGUGGUACCGGCUUCAUUCAAGAUGGUGCCGCUGUACAACGUCCUCAUCGACAGAGCGGCGGGAGAGCAGGAAAAGGUGGUUGAAGCAGCAGCGUCCGCACGGUACCGCAGAUGCGUGACCGAGCGCGCCACAUCUCGUCACAGCUAUGACAUGCCGCGUGUUUCGCGUCACAUGGUGGACGAGUACGGCAACUUCGCGCCGCACACCCAGGCGGCCGGCACCCCGGCUCCAAGCCCCAGCAAUAGCACUCCGAGCUCUUCCGAGGAUCCCACGCCCAAGGGCUGCGUGCUGCACGCCACCUAUCCUGGCAACAUGAAAGAGCGAGCCGCCGACACGUAUGACAUUCGCGACAGUGGUGAACGGGCUUCGGACGCACGCAAUGUUGAAGCCAUGUAUAGUUUGUUGGGUACCACCGACCACCUGCCGAGUCGCCAAGACCAAUCUUCCGCGCUUCCCCCCCGUAGAGGUCCGGUCGUGAAAGAUUUGCGCAUGAAGUUCGAGAGGUUAUCUUCACGAAACCAGGUAUAA